AUGACAUUAAGAAAAUCUAGGCGAGUACAAGCCAAAAGCAAAGUUCGAACGCAAGAAAGGAUUGGCCAAGGGUCUAAUGACGGUGAUUUGCUGCAAAAACCUGUGGCCAAAAAGUCAAAAACGCGUGACAGCUAUGUUGAUUAUGCUCAGUUAAGGAAAAUAAACACGAAGGAAAAACAAGUUUUGGUGGCGGAAUCAGGUUCAAUAGGAAAUAAUGGCGAAGAGGAAGUUACUUUAAACGAGGAAAAUUAUAUAAAAGAGUUAAAGGAGAAGAAGAGUGGUGGUAGGAAGAAAAGAGGUGGGCAAGGAAGUGUGGCUGAUAGUGGAACGUGUCAUCAGUGUCGAACGAAAACUACGAGGGAGAAGGUGAUGUGUACGAAUAAGAAGGAAAACGGUGACAGAUGUCAGCUGCUGUAUGAGGAGAGAUGUCUAAGAAGACGAUAUGCGGAGAGUUUUGAAGAAGCAUUGGCGAAUAAGGAGUGGAAAUGCCCAAAAUGUCGUGGAAAGUGUAACUGUUCGUUGUGUAGGAAGCGGCAAGGCCUACCAGCAAUUGGGUUGCUUGACAUUGGUGGCACUGUUUCUGUUGGUAGAGGUCAAGAAGAGAUUAACACGUCUAGCAAUUCAGGGAUUGGUCAAUCGAGAAAUAACAAUAGGACAAUUAUCAAUCAAAGUCUCCAAUUAGCACUAGAUUCCCAGCAAGUUGAAACAGUGAUGAUGAAUGAACCUAUUUAUAAUCAUCUAAUGCUGACUAUUGUAAUUGAAGAUAACAACAUCGAUUCAAUGCUAUCAAAUCAAGAAAAGAUUACUGACGACUUCGACUUGGACACGUCCGAUUCCAUCGAUACCUCUGAUAUCACAAGUCAAUUCCUCUAUCCAAUUGUAUACGUAAACAAUUAUACCGAUUCCUAUAUUGAUCUGAGCGCGACUACUAAUAACUAUGAUACUACCUUUGGUCUCUACUCGAUGUCAAAUGAAUAUAUCGAUUUUUAUCAACCCACCAACUUGUAUGGAAAUAAUAAUAACAUCUCUGGUUCGAUAUUUCCAAUUGAAAAUACCCUCGCCGACUUUUACCCAAUGUCAAAUCCUGAAGAUAACCUUCAUCAAAACACGUUAGUCACGAAUACUUACAAUUAUUACAAGCCUAUUGACAAUCCAGCUGUUGCUGUUGAUUAUAAUCCAAUGAGAGUAAUCGCAGGAAAUCCAUUCGCAUAUAAUCCAAUUGGCAAUAGCGAAUACUCUUACACCAACAAUCUUCAGACCGAUAAGCACGCUGAAUACACCUUCAAUGAUGAUAAUCUUAUUCCAAUCGUCACUAUCAAUAAUACCAGACUCAUUUAUCCGUUCUUUAAAGAUAGAAACAGUGUUGUUGAAGAUGCCGUCCAGAUUGUUAAAUUAGAUGAUGUAUGCAGAAAUCCAUUACAGGAAGGAACUGGAGUCGAAGAUGACGAUGAUAUUGAUUGGAGUAAAUUCCCAGACGGUGUAUGCGUCUACAUCCCUGCUCGGUCAUAA